AUGUCAGAAGCUUCAUCUUACCAUGACUUUUUCUGUGAUUCCCUGUCAGAUGCACAGAAUGGUGAAUUUUCAAAUGAACUUUCUGCCUUCCUUACCCAGGAGGAGAUAAGUAAGAGCCUUGACAUAGCUCGAGAAGCCAUUGCCAAUUCCAUGGACGAAGAUGAGAGCACACCACCAGACUUUACUCAUUAUCUCAACACCUCUCCUUCUAGCCCUUCAGAAGAACCUUCUUUCAGGGACACCAACAUACAUGAGCAAGAUGCUUUACAGACACCUGAAGGAAGCAGUUGGACUUCAUCUGCUGCAAGUCAUGUUCUCCCAAGAAAUCAGAAAGAGGAAUCCACUGCACCUGAUACAGAAGACAGUUUUGUCACAGUUUCAAGGAGACAAGCAAGCACCUCACCUUUUCUACCUGCUAGUCCCAGCUUUGUCAGAAGCCUGAAAUUUUCAGAAAAAGGUGGUCCAUUUAUGACUAAGACAAGCCCAAACUCUGAAUCGACAUCCCAGGGAGAAGCUCCUUUCAGGAACAAGCUGUGUGACAAAGCUGCCACAUUCAUAGAGGAGUUAUCAUCUAUAUUUAGACAGGCAGCGAAGACAAGAGGCCGUAGUCCUGAUGGGGACUCUUCUUCUCCAGACAGUGGAUACCUGUCUCCUAAUAAGAAACAACCAGCUUUAAGUACCUUAGUGAACCAGGAGUUUGACAAACCACAUCAAGAGACUGAACCUGAGGAAAAAUUACCUGGAGUUCAUCUGAAUGGAGAACACUAUUCCGGAAGGGGGAGCAUCAUGGAGAGCAAAAUGGUCCUGUGCCGUCCCUUCAUCAACAUGGAAGAGCACGAACUUUCACCACCUCUAUUCACUCAGAAGCUCCGGAGCCAGGAAGUUGCUGAAGGAAACAAAGUAUUGCUGGAGUGCAGAGUUGCUGGCAACCCAGUCCCUGAUGUCAGAUGGUUCUGUGAAGGAAAAGAACUCCAGAAUUCCCCUGACAUUCAGAUCCAUUCUGAAAGUGGAGGACUUCAUUCACUAAUUAUAGUAGAAGCCUUUGAAGACGACACUGGACGCUAUACUUGUCUGGCUUCAAAUUCUUUUGGUUCAGAUAGCACAUCAGCUGAAAUAUUCAUUGAAGGUGCCAGUUCUACAGAUUCAGAGAGUGAAAGUUUAAUUUUCAAAUUAAAAUCUGGAGCUAUGCCACAGGCCCAAAAGAAAAGCACUUCUGUUUCCUUGACAAUAGGAUCUUCUACACCAAAAUCAGGAGUGACCACAGCUGUAAUUCAACCUAUUUCUGUGCCCAGUCAGCAGAUACAAAGCCCAACUUCAUACCUGCACCAUCUGGAUGGAUCCAAGCCUAUAUAUUCUGCACCUAUUUUUACGAAGGAGCUACAAAAUGCCACAGCAUCUGAAGGACAAGUCGUGGUAUUGGAAUGCAGGGUCAGAGGACCCCCUCCUAUUCAUGUUAAGUGGUUUCGACAGGGCAUUGAAAUUCAAGAUUCUCCAGACUUCAGAAUUCUCCAAAAAAAGCCACGAUCUGCAACUGAACCUGAAGAGAUAUGUACACUUGUAAUAGCAGAAACUUUCCCUGAAGAUUCAGGAAUUUUCACCUGCACAGCAACAAAUGAACAUGGUUCAGUAACAAGCAGUGCACAGCUAACUGUCUGCUCAGCCAACUUAGAAUGCUCUAGUGAUGAUUUCCAUCAUUUCCCACCACUUCCUCCAGUUGAAAUUAGCUCUCUUGAGCUUCCUUCUAAGAAACAUGCAGAUACCCACCAAGCAAACAAUGCUGAAUUGAGACCUGGUGUGAUAGACCUUCAACAACAGCUCAGUUCAUCUGAGGAAAAAUCAAAUGGCAUUCAUCCUGUUCAUGGAAUAAAUGGAAUGAUUAACAGCAAGCCAAAUGGUGAUAAAUCCAUCCCACCUUCAGCUGUCUUGCUUUCACCCACAAAGGAGCCACCACCAGUGCUUGCCAAACCAAAGCUGGGAUUUCCCAAGAAAACAGGCAGAACUGCUAGGAUAGCAUCAGAUGAAGAGAUUCAAGGGUCAAAAGAUGCUGUAAUUCAGGACCUGGAGAGAAAACUUCGCUUCAAAGAAGACCUUUUGAACAAUGGGCAACCGAGAUUAACAUAUGAGGAAAAAAUGGCUCGUCGAUUACUGGGAGCAGACAGCGCUGCAACUGUCUUCAAUAUACAAGAACCAGAAGAAGAUCCUGCUAUACAGGAAGCUCGCUCUGUUGGUGCUUCUGUAGUGAGUCCCGUGGAUAUUCAAAAGGAAUAUAAAGUCUCCAGCUUUGAGCAAAGACUGAUCAGUGAAAUUGAAUACAGGCUGGAAAGAUCUCCUGUGGAAGAAUCAGAUGAUGAAGUGCAACAUGGAGAUGAACCUAUUGAUAACAGUAUGUCACCAUAUUUUGAGAUAAAGCUGAAGCACUUCAAAAUCUUUGAAGGAAUGCCAGUUACAUUUACAUGCAAAGUGGCAGGAAAUCCAAAGCCAAAGAUUUAUUGGUUUAAAGAUGGCAAGCAAAUUUCUAAACGAAGUGAUCACUACCGAAUUCAAAGAGAACCUGAUGGAACUUGCUCACUGCAUACUGCAGCCUCCACCCUGGAUGAUGAUGGGAAUUACACUAUUAUGGCUGCUAACCCACAGGGCAGAGUAAGUUGCACAGGCAGGCUGAUGGUUCAAGCUGUAAAUCAAAGAGGCCGCAGUCCUUGGUCACCUUCAGGUCAGCCUCACAUAAGAAGACCACGAUCUCGAUCAAGGGACAGUGGUGAUGAAAAUGAACCAAUUCAGGAACGAUUCUUCCGGCCUCAUUUUCUGCAGGCUCCUGGAGACCUGACUGUUCAAGAAGGAAAACUAUGCAGGAUGGACUGCAAGGUCAGUGGAUUACCUACUCCAGACUUAAGCUGGCAACUUAAUGGCAGACCAAUUCGCCCUGACAGCUCUCACAAAAUGUUGGUGCGUGAGAAUGGGGUGCACUCCUUGAUCAUAGAACCAGUCACAGGCAGAGAUGCUGGAAUCUACACGUGCAUUGCCAGCAAUCGAGCUGGUGAAAAUUCAUUCAGCCUGGAGCUCACUGUUGCAGCUAAGGAAAUACAAAAAGCACCUGUGUUUAUAGAGAAGCUACAAAACACAGGUGUGACUGAGGGAUUCCCAGUGCGACUGGAGUGUCGAAUCUCAGGGGAGCCAUCUCCUCAGAUAUUUUGGAAGAAAGAGAAUGAGUCACUCACGUACAACACUGACCGAGUGAGCAUGCACCAGGAUAACUACGGCUACAUUUGCCUGCUUAUUCAGGGAGCUACAAAGGAGGAUGCUGGCUGGUACACUGUUUCAGCUAAAAAUGAGGCUGGGAUUGUGUCUUGCACUGCCAGGUUGGAUGUUUAUACUCAGUGGCAACAACCCCCUCAGCAGACCAAGCCAAAGAAGGUGCGGCCCUCAGCCAGCCGAUACGCUGCUCUCUGUGACCAAGGACUAGACAUCAAAGCAGCUUUCCAGCCGGAAGCCAAUCCAGUCCACCUGACAAUGCAGCCUGGCCUGGUAGAGAGCGAUGAUCUGUAGAUUCAGCUGCCACUUCCAUCAUUUUCUUUCAAAGCAGAAACACUGAAAGCCAUUGCCUUGACCAAUGAUACUCCUAUGUCACUUUAUGCAAGGGCAGACACCUUCAUGUACAAAAGAUAAACAACAAACACAGUAACCGUAUAUUCCUUAUUCAUUAUACCAAAUUAGAAUAAUAGAUAGAUUAUUAAUAGAAAUGUACACAUUGCACAACAAAUCACACUCACCAGUUCCUUAACCUAUGUUGCUUCAUAACCCUUUUCAUAGAGGCCAAAAUGCAUCAGAGAGAAAGAUUUUUCACUACAUACCUUUGCAAGCAGUAAGUAGAUGCUACACAGUCUUAAUGGUGCAAGAUGUUUUCUUCAAGGAUUAUCAGCAGUUCCAAAAUGGCUACACAUUCUGACAGCUAUGAUGAACAUGUGCAAUACUAUAAGAAUAAAACAGAAAGGGACAAGAAAAAGAAAUGUAAGCAAACUGCUUUCUGUUCAACAAUGAAAAAAAAAAUCUUUCUUUCAAUGCUGUUAGUAUGGACAUUGACACCCUAAUUUUCAAUUCAUUUGUGUUUUUCCUUUUUGCCAUCUCAGAGGAGGCUUAUUUACAAAUAUAUAGCGAUGGCAGUCUAAGCAGAGGCAAUUAUAUUUCUGCAGGACAACCAAGAGUUGACACAUAGUAACAAUCUACUCCAGAUUACACAUUGGUAAUUAGAUGGGAAAAAAUGCUGAUGGUAUAAACCACUGCAGUGAGUUACUGCAAGGGGUGAGAGGGGCACUGGGCAAGAGGUUGAAACUCUCUGGAUUGCUGGACAGCAGUGUGUAAUCUUGUAAUACUCCCAUUCAAGAUUCUGAAAUUCUAAGGUGAGCUGAAAACUAGGGAGUGUAUGUAUGGGAUGUUUGACUGUUUAAAGCUUGUGUAAUAUGUAUGAGGAUUUUAGAAAUGUAUAGUAAGUGAAAAAUGGGUUGAAACUGCAAUAUGGAUAUAAAUGACAUGUAUACACCACAGGCGAUAGGUUUGCAAAUCCAAGGAAGUAGAAAAUGAAGAUAGGCAAAAAAAUCCAAUUUGCUUUUUGCUUUGUCUUCUUAACAUAACACAUCUCUGGUAGAUUUUAUUUUUUCCUUCUCCUGACUGCAGGCAAAUGUCAACUCUUUUGAGGGGUAGAGUCUGUGCACCAUAGGUGAAGAGCCUGAAGGCUAUUUACAGAACACAAGGCAAAUCCACUUGGAAGUGGAGCCCCACUUAAGUCACACCUGACUAGGUAGUUUUAAAAUAGAACCAAAUGAAUUUCAGUUGAAGGGGAGGGAGGGAGAAUGGAUGGAUGGAAGAAUUACUAGGCCUGACAAGGAAAAUGAGUGUUUGAUGGUACGAGCUACAAUACUUUGCUAGGAAAGGAAAACACUGUAUUCCUUAUAUGAAGCACAUAUAUGGCAUCUUUCAUUAUUUAUAAUAAAAGUGUUGAAAUCUUUUAUCUCAGUUCAUUUAUUCAGAAGUCCUGUACUUAGGGGUUGGUUUGUUGUUUGUUUUUUUUUAAUUUUGUAAUUGUGUACACCAUAUAUUGCAUUACUGCUAUACGUGUAUUGCUUUGUAAGUACACGAAGUUUGUUUUGUUUUUUAGUGACUAAUAAACUUUAGCACACAAGGUAGUACUAUUCUGGUGCAGGAUAUGACUAGUAAUGGGGAUGGUUGAUCUAGAUUAACAUCAUAGUCUGUCAGGUGGGAAUAAUCUGAUUUUAUUCUAGAAGUAUGUCAUAUCUUUUGCCAAAUUUUCCUCAACUGUGACAUGCUAAUUUACUUUUUUGUUUAGCUUCACUAGCAUUAUUUUGCCACCUUUUAUUUGUAUUUAUAAAAAUGUAUUAUCAUUACUUUGGACUGUUGUGCUGAUAUAAUGUGGGUUUAACAUCAAUAAAUAUUACACAAAUAGAAAG